ACAAGUUUUAUGUCUUAGAGAGAGAAAAGAAAAAACAAUGCUCGAGAGAGAAAUAUUAACAUUUUGAUUUGUAGGGUGUCUCUAAUGGCACGGUUUGAGCCAUAUAAUCUGUAUAACAUUGGUCCUAAUCCGUUCUUAGCACGAACAAACCAAAAUCCAGAGCUAAUAAAUUUGGACUCACCAGCUUCUACUCCUUCCAGAUUCAUGCUUUUCUCUGAUGGAGCUUUAGUUGAUGCCCAUCCCAAUAGUUCUCACUUCUCACAAAAUUUAUUGCACGAACUAGCAGGUGAUUCGGGAAGAAAAGGAAAUAAAGGAGAGAGUGGGUCGAAGAGAAGAAGAAAGAGGUUGGAGGAGGUAGAAACCAUGAAUGAAGAUGAGACUCAUCAGAAGCCAAAAGAUGUCGUCCAUGUCCGAGCUAAGAGAGGUCAAGCUACCGAUAGCCACAGUUUGGCUGAAAGGGUACGAAGAGAGAAGAUUAAUGAAAGGCUGAAAUGCUUACAAGACCUUGUUCCAGGCUGCUACAAGACAAUGGGAAUGGCAGUGAUGCUUGAUGUCAUCAUAGAUUAUGUUCGAUCACUACAGAAUCAAAUCGAGUUUUUGUCAACGAAACUCUCUGCGGCAAGUGCUUACUACGACCUUAAUUCUUUCGACAUUGAGCCAACGGAUAUAUUUCAGGGAGGGAACAUGUCUAGUGCUGAAGAGAUGGAAAGGAUUCUAAUUGGGACUCAGCCUCCUAAUUUCAGUUCAACAUUGCCCUUUUAAUCAUAGAAGUAUCAGAG